CAGCGCCUGUGUGCCGUCGACGCGGCCCUAUUGCUGCCCCGGCCGCGCAUGCGUCAUAUAACUGCAAGACCUCGAGGCUGCCCACCGAUGCUGGUGUUUCUGCUCGCUACGGCCGCGGCACAAGAGGAGACGCCCAUCGGCCGCUACCUCGCCUACCAGCGGCGCGCGCUCGACGAAAUUGGAGGGACCUGCGCAUUCAAGCGCUUCCUGCUGAAGCAUGAUCAGAACUGCGCCGGGGUUACAGACAGACCCGCGCCGUACGCGCCGCUCUCCACUGCGCGCCGCCGCCUGCAGCAACAACGCUGCAUCAGGCCCCUCUUCGUGACGGGCUGCGGCGGCUCGGGCACGCACUUCGUGGCGUCGUUCCUGGCGGCCACGCGAAAGCUCGGCAAAGUAGCUCACGAGGACCCGUCACCAACAAGCAAGGUGCUCGUGUCCUGGGCGGCGCGCUACGGCCCCGCGUUACUGGACCACCAAAAUAUGUAUGGGAAAUGGGGCGUGCCCAAACAACAACUGAGACCGCCGAUGGUCGCGUGGGCCCGUCAUCAAGGACGGGCGCCCUGCACGUAUCGGGUCGUGGCGCACGUCGUGCGGCACCCGCUCAAAGUGCUCUCUUCGUCAGUAGCCUUCGGCCAGUGCGUCGAGUGCUGGUUACAUGUGGACGAGUUCACGGUGCCGCCCAUGGCGCAGGCGGCGCCGAACCGUUCGUUGGUGGAUCUGACGAGAGCGACGCGCCUCGCGAUCUUAGGCAACCGCGCGACGCACCGUGCGCGACCCCAGGGCGGCCGGGCCUGGCCGCAACAUUCCAUCGAUUCUAUACUAAAGGGCUUCGGCCUCUACUGGCUCGCCUGGAACGCCAUGAUCGAGCGCGUCGCCGACUUUCGGUUUCAGAUCGAGAAGGCCGACUACGAAAAGUUGUGCGUCGCGGCCGGGGCCUCAAUCGAGCAGUGCCGCGCGGGCGUCGCGGCCGCGCGCCAGGCCGCGGCGACCUUCGAGAAGGGCAAGCACGGCGGCGACACGAUGCGCGUCACGUGGGCGCGGCUUGAUGAGUUGGAUGCGGAUCUGUCCGCGCGCGUCUGGGCGCUGGCGCGGCGCUACGGCUACGACCGCGAGCCGCCCGCGCGGCCCAGUUAA